UAUUAGCUAGAAGGGAGGAAUUAAGCAGAAAUCUUUUUCCUAAAACCUUUUUUCACUCUACUGUUUUAGGAGCACAGAGCUGCACAGCUUACCAAAGUGUGUUUUUGUGUGAGCGUAAGUGUGCACGUGAGUGUGUGUCACUUCCCCUUCCCUUACUGUCUCUUUUCGGGCUGAAGACACUUCAGUCACCAGACUGAUUAAGAGAGAGAGAGAGAGGAACAGUCAAAAUAGAGGGCAGCUUCUAAAAAAGUGAUAAAGCUGAAAAAAGUGAUAGUGUUAAAGCGAUAGAACUGGUUAGAUAGGCAUACAAUACAAUCAAUAACAUACAAUUACACAAGUAUACAGUGAUGGUUUUCACUUAGAUACAGACUGAGUGGAAAGAUACUUCAUCCUCUAAGUCCAGAAUGACCUCCAACGGCACUGUCAUGCUUGACCCCAAUGCCAACAUUGUUGGCAAAAAUGACAAAACAACGAUUGACAUUGAUGCUAUUAUGGACAAUGUUACUAUUGUCCUUUACACCAUAACCGUCCUACUGGGCACCACUGGGAACGCUGUGGUCAUCUGGAUGGCUGGGUUCUCUCUCAAGCCUAAUGUCACCAAUGUGUGGCUGGUCAACCUGGCUGUGGCUGAUCUGAUUUUCUGCCUAACACGUGCCACCUCUUUGAUUAAGAAGCUCUUCUAUGAUCACUGGCCUUUUGGAAUCUUCCUCUGCAAGUUCAAUGGGUUCUUCAAGUAUGCAAACAUGUUCUGCAGUGUUUUUCUACUAGCUGUUAUCAGCAUGGACCGGGCGCUUUGUGUGUGGCGGCCAGUGUUCACUAGGCAGCGGCGGACUCUACUUGCAGCUCGACUUAUCAGCUUAGGAGUUUGGGUUGUGGCAGUGAUCUUCAGUGCGCCAUAUUAUGUGUACCGGCAAGUCUAUCUUGGCAAGAACAACUUGAGCAAGUGCUCCUUGGAGGUCAAGGAGUCAACUGAAGGCGACAACACAGCUAAACUGGCCUUGUACAGCAUUCGCUUCACCUGCGGCUUUCUGCUGCCCUUCUUGGUCAUCCUUACGUGCUAUGCCCUCGCUGGUUUAGGGAUACGGCGAACGCAUAUUUCACGCAAAUCACGACCCCUUCGAAUUCUUGUUUCACUGGUCUGCGCCUUCUUCCUGUGCUGGGGGCCUUAUCACUGCCUCCUUUUGGCAAAGAUGGUGAACAGCAAAAGCCAAGUAGUAAAAGUGGGUCUACCCAUAGCAAAGGGUGUGGCCUACUUCAACAGCUGUGUGAAUCCACUCCUUUACUUCUGUAUGGGUCUAGACAUCAGGCAACGCUUUAGCCAAAGCUUGUCUGGGGUUUACCGCAGAGCUCUAGCUGAGGACUGGGAUGGGCAGUCAUCACAAUCUCAGGAGCGUUCUGUAGAUGAGAGUUCCAGUUCCAUUGCAAAAGUCAAAGUGACAGGAAUGGCUACAGCUGAAAAAUGAUAUGGCUGAAUUUGGAUGUAUCAGCCCUCUCUGACAGUAGUUGUUCCCCACUUUGGUGGUGAAGUACACCUGCCCGGCAUUCUUUGGCGUUUUCCCUGCUCUAACACACCUGAUUCAGCUUCCCUUAGCUGACAUGGGUCACACAGAGCAUGAAAACAUUACCAUAUGCAGGGCAGAUGCACUGCUUUAUAAGAUGACAGUAGUAACACUUUAUAGUAAGUGUUUACUAACCAAUAUUAAGUAGUGCAUUUGCUAACCUGAACAACACAUGAGGUACAAUGUUAAUAAUGGUUAGCUAAUAUAGUAAACAACUAAGUAAGCUAACUGCAUAAGCUAAUGUAGUUUUCACAUUAGAUGCUGACUAACAUUAACUAAUAUACUUAUUAACAUUAAAAACACAUGAGAUAUUAUGUGAAUAAUGGUUAGGUUGGGUUUAAUUUCAUUCUGUUGUAUUGACUCAGCUUAUGGAGUGCUUUACAGAUGCUCACAUCUCUCACUUAGGAGCUUUAACAUUUUAUUUUAGACCAAGGUUUGAGGUUUGUACCGUGUAAUUACUCAGCUUGAUUGCUUUGGAACUUAACAAAAUUUUACCCCAAAUAAUGAUCUAGUACUUUUUACUGGAUUUGAUUGGUUAUUACUUAAAACUUAUAGGCGUGUAAAAGAAAGCAUUACCAAGAUACACCUUCAGAUUUCAAGAUUUCACCAUCAGGCUGUUCCUCAAUUCAGGACAUUCACAUCAUGUAAAGGGUCUUCCUAGAAACUUUACACUAUGUGGAAGUUCUCAAUAGCUUGAAAAGGUCCCUUCCAUGUCUCAUUUUCAAAAACAGUUCUCUAAUGAGCCUUCUAUCGAAAGUUUCUUUGGGGAACCAAAAACAUUUUUCUAUGGCAUCAUACACAUAACUCUUUCUGGCAUCUUUAUUUUUAAGAGUGGAGACAUGUCUGCCUACACAGGAGCAUUGUUUAGUUUUUAGUACAGAUUAACCUUUCUGACUGAAUAACCAUACAGCUUUAAUUAUUAACUUCAAUCAUUUACUGUAUCCACAUUUAAUGCAGCGUAAAUAAUAAACCAAAAAUAAGCAUUUGUGUCAUUUGUUCAUUUUUAGCAUAAUUAAACUCCCCUCCUCCAAACACAUUCAAAGAACACUACACCAAAAUGGAUAGGAACAAAUAAGCAGAACUUCCUUUUAUUUUGUUUCUUCCUUUUGAGACUCUUUGCAUGAU